CUGUUUGACAAUGACAUUAUUAUAUUUCUAUAAGUUUUCCAUGACACCUGCUCAGUCUUGUUUGACGAGUCAUCCAUGUGUAACCGUAACUCAAUUCCUUGAUACAUAUUGGAUCUGAUAGCCUCAUCAAGUUACCAAUAUGUCGACGACACUGCAACACAAAGUACAAUCAGAGCUAGAAAUAGUUCUUCAAAAACGACGCAGCCAGGAAAACUUGCGAGAAAGCGAUUUACCAACCAGAAGGUGUCACUUGGAGGUAAACUCAAAUAGUAACAACAACAUUAACAACAACCUAGAAACAAGCACCACACAACGCUGUAACUGCUGCCCUUAUGGUUACCAUAUUGACUUGGACUUUUUAAGAUUCUGUGAAGAAAUAUCGUCUGGAGCAAAUUUAAAGAAACUUAAAAGGAACUCAAGGCCGAGAAAGAAAUCGUCUUCUGUAAAACUCUUUAGCAAACCCCCGCCGCCAAUUGUUCCACCUAAACCGCCAAAAGAUAAACGAAGGAGAGCAAAGUCUGCAGAUGAUUGCAUUGAACCAGAUCUGAUCUUGAAACGAGAGAACCAGUUAUUUUCCGCUGCUUAUAGUGACUUUGCUGAUUUGAUAAACAAGAGAUACAUACCGUACAAGCACAAAAGAAGCCCAAAUCAGUUUGCUAAUCAAGAUCUAUCAGACACUCAAUCUCUCCCUGCCCAUCUGACGGAUAUCAGUUUUAGUGAUUUUGAGAAUGAGAGUAAUUGCUCGUUAGAUGAGUCUGCUCUAGAUUGUACUUACCAGCGGCAGGAAGAGUUGUUCAUUGAAGAAGUUGAAUCCAAAUUGUCGUCGGCUUUUUCUCCAGCAGUUACAAAUUAUCAGCUUCCACCAGAUCUUUCACCUCUUAGUACAAAUCUAAUCAACGGUAGAAGUGAUUCUUUAAGUUCUUUAGACUCGCAGUCAACUACUGCAAGUUCUUUACCUCCAAUUCCAAAUCAUCCAUCGGGAAACGAUCAGUUAGUAUCAAAUAUGGCGUAUUCAAUUUCUAGGUUGUCACACGCAAAGCAAGUUGCUGAUUCUGCUAGCCAUUCUGGACGUUCAACACCUACCUCAACUAUCAGUCCAAAUUCUUUAGCAGCCAUCCGUCAGCAGAUGGCAGUAGCUCUUCAGAGAUUACGUGAGUUGGAGGAACAAGUAAAAUUGAUACCAGUAUUGACGGUAAAACUGUCUGUCAUGAAAGAGGAAAAGCGUUUGAUGAUGCUGCAGUUGAAUGCAAAGAAGACGCAACCUAACACCAAAGAUAUCGGGGUUGGUGAUGAUGCAGUCGAUCACUUUGAGGAUUUAGAAAAAAGAUCAAGCAACAUAACCACUAUUCAAAUGUCAAGUAAAUUUACAAAGUCUCCUCCACAAGUAACCAGAUUACUGGAACCUAAAGUAGAAAUGAAGUCUGUUGGAAUAAUGGCCAAAAUGUUGCCAGACCUCUGUAAUCAUGGAGAGUUGUCACAUAGCAGCGAACCAGUCAAGAUUGUAGAGACAGUCAUUUCAAAAGCUUCAAAGUCAAGUAUCCUCCAUGCAACUCCAGGGUAUGUCCAACCUCAGAUGGAAGACUGUGGAGUAAACACAGAUAAUAUUGAUAAAUGUACUGUGGGAACCAAUGUUACUGUGCAAACAACCACAUGCUCAACAAAUACAAGAAUUCUUGAAAUGUUAGAAAAGAGUUCUUCCAUUGAAAUGUCAUUUUGUGAUCAGCAAUGCAACACUGUCAAUCCAGUUAUGACAAUGAACUGCACGAAUACAGAUCUUCAAGUUGAGGAUCAGUCAACUUCUACAGAUUAUAUCCAGCAUAAUCUGCCCAGUUGUGGAGUUAAUACUGACAUUUUGGUGACAAGAAUAGUUGGCACUAAUACUGACUCAUUAAAUGUUCAAAAGCCAAGGGUUGACUUUACUUGUAAUACAGAACCAGUACUUGUCAAUGAGUAUGUCACAAAGAAAGAUUCAUUUACAGAUAUGAUGAUAACCACAAAAGAUUCAGGUAUUCUCACCGAACCAGUUCCUGCGCAUGAUCAGGAAACAGAGAUCAGCGUGGUAUGUCAGGACGUAGCAACAGAAACUGUAAAUGAGUGUAAUAGUCAAUGUACUAAUACAGACUUUCUUCAACAGGAUGAAAAAUCCAUCCAAUUUCACACAGAAUCAUCAGAGAAAGCUGUCAGUGCCAGUGUAGCAUUGCAGGAUUUUGCAAUUGGAACAGAUUUAGUACAAGCUGAAAAGGGGACAUUGUGUGAUAUUGUACCAGAAAUGAAGAGCACUGGUGUUGGAGAUGGCAACAUCAAGAACGUCUCCCCUUCUAUUAGUGUGUCUGCUGAAAUAACAACAGAGAAAUCUGUCAGAACAAUUACAGUUGGAAGUUGUAGUACUGAUGAUAGAUUUGGCAGUGCUUGUGACAAUCUCCUGACAAGCUCUGUUGCUGUUGGCAGUGACAGUGAGACUGCACAAGACCUUUACCAAACUUUAAAUUAUUCCAGUGGUCUUCAAAGCAAUAAAGAGAGAUAUAUUGAGAUCAAAGACUUCGAGGAGGAACAACCACCUCUCACUGAGGGUGCAGCUGAUGCAGAAACUGAGGUUCUUCAAAAAGUUGAUGAAGCAGAACUCCAAGUUAAGUCUGUAUCAUUUGACAACCAGCUUUCUGCGGAUGAUUCUGUGGAUUAUUACAAGCCACUGGAGGAAAUUGUCAGUAUCCCUCAACUUCCAUUAUUUGAUGAUAUGUGGAGCAGGGAAAAUGAAGAUGUGUUAGAGGAUCAGCAAGAUGUGUCCGCGUCACUGAGUUACUCACCGACUCAGAGUCAGUCAUCCAUCACAGAAGAUCUGCAUACAGGUGCGUCUGAGUAUACAGAGAUUCCCGGUAGUAGCAUGGCAUACCGGUACCGCCGGGAUAAUCUGUUUGCUGGCGCUUUCACUAACAUGCACGCCAUGCUUGAAGAGAAAUCUGUCAGAACAAUUACAGUUGGAAGUUGUAGUACUGAUGAUAGAUUUGGCAGUGCUUGUGACAAUCUCCUGACAAGCUCUGUUGCUGUUGGCAGUGACAGUGAGACUGCACAAGACCUUUACCAAACUUUAAAUUAUUCCAGUGGUCUUCAAAGAAAUAAAGAGAGAUAUAUUGAGAUCAAAGACUUCGAGGAGGAACAACCACCUCUCACUGAGGGUGCAGCUGAUGCAGAAACUGAGGUUCUUCAAAAAGUUGAUGAAGCAGAACUCCAAGUUAAGUCUGUAUCAUUUGACAACCAGCUUUCUGCGGAUGAUUCUGUGGAUUAUUACAAGCCGUCAUCAGCAAGUUCCAGUUCUAGCGAAGACGAGUCAUCAGAGUCUGAGAGUGAAAGUUCUGAUGGCAGCUCGACUGCAUCAACCUCUCCUGAUGAAGGUUGCUACGAUAGCGAACUCGGUCAGAUAACGUACCACAAGGUCACACGCGGGAAGCUAUCAAGUCUGGUCGAGUUGUCUACAGAGGUCAAGGAAGUGCCAAAAGUGCGGAGAGAAAUGCCAACAUUGAAAGAGGUUGAGGUAGAAGAAGGAUUCGCUCUGAAUCCAGCAAUUUAUCCUGCAUUGGAUCAGAUGGAAACAUUACUGGCCAACGGAAUGGAAGAGAGGAUCCAAGAUUUUGUAAGUCCAUCACCAUAUGAUAAACUUUGCAUUUUUGUGAACACUGCUCUGCAUUACUCCGUUUCACACGGUAAUUAUAAUAUAGUGGAACAACUACUGGAUACAGGAGACUGCAGUGUCAACAAGCAAAACAAAGCCGGAUAUACAGCCAUUAUGCUAGCCUCCUUAUCAGCCGUGACAAGUGAAACGCAACGUCUGGUCAUCAGGAGGCUAUUUAAUUCAGGGGAUGUUAAUGUCAAGGCCUCACAGGCAGGACAAACUGCGUUGAUGUUGGCAGUUAGCCACGGUAGAAGGGAGAUGGUUGAAUUGCUGUUGGAAGCUAAUGCCGAUUUGAACUUGAAAGAUGAGGAUGGAUCCACAGCGCUGAUGUGUGCCAGCGAACACGGCCAUCUUGAUAUAGUCAAGAUGCUAUUGGCCGAGGCAGAAUGUGAUCCCACGCUUCUUGAUAACGUAAGUUUGCAGGCCGGCUAACAGGGUAGUUUUUUUUAUGCAUCACUGCUAAUGUUGCGGUUGACACGUGCAGCACAUCUCAGCACCUCUUUUAACCACACUGCACGGUCACGGGGAAUCAUUGGCGCAAUGCAUUUUGGCAUACCUUAUGAUAUAAAAUGCAAAUGUGUUUAUAUAAUAGCAUAAAUAUUCUCUGAAAAAAUGUUUGAAUAUUUCUUAAGAUGCUUAUUGGUUAACAACAGAUUAUACAUUAAAAUAAUUCUACAGCCUAUUUCUGAUUGUUUUACUUUAACAGAUUGAAAGACACAUUAUUUGUUUGAUCAAACCAUUAGAAUAAGAUCUGAUCAAACAUUUAUUUGUUGAUUUUUUUUAUUAAGUUUAAGAAUUACAGAUUUAUCUCUUAAAGUUUUAAUGCUCUUCUCAGACAAAUCGGGAGGUGUUCUGCAGACAUUGAAUCAACUUAAUAUCUAAUUUGUUUUUAUAUAAUCUUAUUUUAUCUUUUUUUCAAAAUAAUGAUACAAUACAAUAAAAAAUCUUUCUUUAUUCUGGAAAGCUCUUUCGAUACAAUUUAAGUACUAGUCUCCCAAGAGGUUCUGAUUUAGUACAGUAAACAUAAUAUAAAUUAAAAAAGAGAAUGAAAAGAGGAAAAAAACAAUUAAUUUACAAUGUACAAAGAUAAGAAAUUAUAAAAUGUUUUGAAAAUAAAGUUGAUUAAUUAAUAUUAAAAAGAAUAUUGAUAUUCUCCUCUCCCCAUAUUAGGGAAUAAAACCUGCCAUGCACCAAGGACUAGAUAUGCGUAGCAUAUCUUUCACAAUGUAGGCAAUUCAUGCCUUUUGCAUGUAACAAGGAUCAUAUUCAGCUCAUACAGAAUAUUGUCAAGAAUGUUAUAGGCACGAAUGAUAAUAAUGACGUAUUCAUUGGCGUGAGGUUGCAAAAUCUCCAUAUUGUAGCAAAUAUUAAGUGACCAUGGUUACUACAGUACUUCGAUUACCCGAAAGGCAAUCCAACAAUCCUCUGUGCCAUCCAACGUCUAAUGCGAAACGAUCACACUUGAUUGUUCACCUAAACCCGAGGAAUGCCUUUUCAGCGGCCAUACCUGACUCACCAUCUCCCUGUCUUUAGGCCGAGGCUGGAGUCACACCUGUUCCAUUCAAUUUAAGUUUUGUUAUGGGCUAGCGGAUGCUUAUCUCUCCUUAAAUCUGGUCUUUAUUGAGUGUUUGUUUUGUAUAUUAAAACAAUAAUUUUGAUAACUCACAAAGAGUUUCUGAUACAUGCCUAUUGAAUCAACCGCUUUUUAACUUUUGAACUUUCUGGCCCUAAUUACUCUAUAUUUUUUAGGGUGUAAAUCUUAUGAAAGAAAAUUUAUUUUAAAUCCGAAAGAAGUAAAAAUGAAUUUUGGCAAUCAUACGUCUUCAAUACUGUUCAUUUUUUUGUCGAAGGGAUAAUAUUCUUGUAAAGUUGAUUGCAAAAAAUGAGAUGUAUCAUGAUGGGUUAUUGCAAAUUUAAUCUUUUUUCAAGCAAAACUUUACAUGUGAGGUGCAAAACUAAUUUUUAAAUGUCACAUUUGAUAUCCUAAAAAAAGUUAUAUUGCUUGACCUCUCAUUGUAAAUUGUGAUGUUAUUACAAAGCUAAAAUGGAUUGUAAUGGUGACUAGUAGGAUCCUAAAAUCCUAUCUGUAUAAUCACUCAUUAUCGUUCUUGUUUUUCUAAUCACUUAUCUGAAACAAAUUAAAUGUUGUAUGCUAGUUUAAUGUUAGGCUGAAAGUAGUGGCCUAGAUUAUCUUCACCUUGUCAGAGGUGAAGGCUUCGAGCCUCCUGUUUGGCCUAGAUUUCUGCUCCUUAAAACAUGCGUCCUAUGUGAGGAGCUCGGGUGAAGACGAGGAUGCUUUAUCAUUACAACUUCACGUUAAAACGAAUCAAAGGCGCAGGCUUGCCAAUCAAGCGACAACUUCCUGUUUGCUUGUAAGGUCAGCGUUUUCAAGUCUGAAAUAUCAAGGGCCUUAUGCAAAGGAUGCUGGGAAAUUAGAAACACGUGAAAAACAAAACAUAGACAGUUUCUACUAAAGAAAUAUAAAAAAAAACUGUUUAUAAAUGAACGAAUAAAAGUAAUUCAUUCUACUAAACUAUUAUACAUUUUAAUAAAGAUAAAUUUAAGGGAAAAUUUAGCAUUUGUAUGAAAUUAAAUGUAGGCGUUUAUUACCAGACUGUUUACGUAUAUAGUCCAUAUUUUUAGAGGUUAGUGACAAAUAAAAGCAUAUAAUUUACAUUCAACCAAAAUUCUCUCUCCCUGCUUCCCUACCACCCCCACUAACUAAUCAAACAUUUCA